AUGGAAGAACAGUCAAAGGAAGAAGAACUCCUCCAACUGCGUUUGGAGUUAUUGAAGCUACAGCAGAAAGUAUCUUCGUUGGAGGGACACAUCCCAAACGAAGAUCCACUGGGUAGCAAAACAAACGGUGGUACAAGUUCACCGGCGGGAGCUGCGCAAGAAAGCGAGAGUGACUUAUCCAAACUGGCCUCCGCUAUUAUGGCAGCUAUUCAACCAGCUGAAAUGAUGUGUCAGCAUAACCUCGAUCUUCCGAGAUUCAACGGAUCACACAGUGAGUGGUUAGCGUUUCAAUCAGCAUAUAGGCAAACGGCAAGACAUUUAAGUGACGUAGAAAAUAUGGCUCGUCUCAGAAGAUGCCUUGUGGGUAAAGCGAAAGAAGCUGUGAGAAGUCUGCUUAUAUACCACACCAAUCCGGAAGAAAUUAUGAAAUUAUUAGAGUCUCGUUUCGGUCGACCCGACGCAAUAGCGAUUACCGAAUUAGAAUCAUUAAGAAAUUUGCCAAAACCGGGUAACACGCCGAGAGAUUUAUGUAUGUUUACAAGUAGAUUUUGUAACAUAGUAUGUAGCUUGGAAGCUUUAGGGAAGAUACAUUAUCUCUAUAACCCAGAGAUAACAAUAUCUACGAUAGAAAAAUUGUCAUCGACGCUUCAGCAUCGAUUUUUUGCAUAUGCGGCACAGCAAUCGAAACAAGAGGCAGAUUUACUAAAGUUAAAGCGAUUCUUGUGUAUAGAAGCAGAGAACUGUGCACCCUUUGCGCGACCCGAAUCAAACUUCGAGUCAGAAAAACCUCAAGCGAAGUUGCAACAAGUCUACGUGACCAAAGACCUGAGAGUGCGUAACAAUUGUGUUAUUUGUGACAAAAACGGACAUACUGUGAAUAAGUGUUUAGUUUUUAAUGAGUUGACUGUAGAUAAACGGUGGGCAAAAGCGAAAGAAAAGUGGUUAUGUUUUAGGUGCUUGAAACUGAGAUCAACAAAUCAUAAGUGCCCGACUAUUCAGUGUGGCGUCGACGAGUGUCAACGGAGCCAUCAUGCGUUAUUACACCUAAGUAACGAGAAUAACGAUAUUAGAAAUAUAGAAACCGUCGUCGCAACGUCGCGGAAGCUUAAUAACGAUCUAAACGAAAAAGCUCAAUAUCUCCUCGAACAGCACAUGCAUCAAGAGGUAGAUGGGAUUUUCGAAACGACAAAGCAAAAUCACAGUAACGCCAGCCAUCCUGAAACUUGUAACAUCGCUCAUAAAAGUAUGCAAGCGGUUGGAAUACAGUCAGAUCGUGUCUCACAACUUAAAACGAGAUACGAACAAGAAAUAAAAAAUAGACACUUAUACUAA